GAUAAGGUACUCUCCUUUAACCUUGGCGUUCUCUUCUUUCAAUCGACAUCUGAUAUCUAGUCCGACCCCUGCAACCAUCACACGGCUUCAUUGCGGUUAAAGGAUUGUUGAUACCAACGCCAGCUUGGAGGCAAGAAGGAUCGACGACCCGCUAGUGUAUCGUGUGUAGGGAUGGCUUUCAUCCAUUUGAUGGGAAUUGAAUUUUUGUUGCAAUAGAAUUCCUUCCCUGUUUUACCAAAUUACGCUCUUUCUAAGGCACCAAAUUAGAUAUUUCAAUUCAAUUCAAGAAGGAAGUGAAUUCCAUGUUUCAAACUAAGUGAAUUCCAUGUUCUUUUGCAGAUUGCGAUUGUUAUUUUCAGAUACUUGGAAAGAGGGAACGGUUGUUGAUCGUUCUCAUCAUUGAUAUAAUAUAAUGGGACAUCAUGGAGAUAAAGGAAGACCCAGCAAAAAGAUCAAGCUUGCCUCUAAGGAGGAAUAUAAGUCUGUCGAAACAGAUGAUUCACAUUAUCUAGAAGACAUCAAUGCCGAUACUCGAGAUGGAGAUGGUGAAGGGAAGAGAAGAGAUUUCACAAAACUUGAACUCAAACCUGAUCAUGGAAAUCGCCCCUUGUGGGCUUGUGCUGAUGGAAGGAUUUUCCUUGAAACAUUCUCAGCAUUAUACAAACAGGCAUAUGAUUUUCUCAUAGCCAUUGCUGAGCCUGUUUGCAGGCCAGAGUCUAUGCACGAGUACAAUUUGACACCUCACUCUUUGUAUGCGGCAGUGUCGGUUGGGUUGGACACUGAAACUAUAAUUUCUGUUAUAAGCAAAUUAUCAAAAACAAAGCUUCCUAAAGAAAUGAUCGAUUUUAUUCAUGCUUCGACUGCCAACUAUGGAAAAGUAAAGCUUGUGCUUAAGAAGAAUCGGUAUUUCAUUGAAUCUCCAUUUCCUGAGGUGUUGAAAAGGCUUCUUCAAGAUGAAGUUAUAGGUCGAGCUAGACUACUACCUGGGGGGGUUCAUGAAAGUGAUGGAUUCAUGAUCAGCAAGUCUGCAGGCGAAAUAGAAGGUAGACAUGAUGAAUUGUUAAAUGAAGCAGAGUUGGCAGCAGCUACUGAAGAAAGAGAAACUCAUUCAUUUGAAAUUGACCCUUCUCAGCUGCUUCCAGAUGCGGCUGUUGGUGUGGUGGCGUGGGUUAGCAAUGUAGCUAUAAGGUCAUAUCCCGGGGAUGGGACGGGGGUAGAAGGGUCGCAGAGGGGUAGUGUAGCGUCACAUGUGCGUUUCGGCUCAUGGAACAUAGGGACCCUCACAGGUAAGUCAAUUGAGUUGGUGCAAGUUCUCAAGAGGAGAAGGAUUCAGGUGGCAUGCGUGCAAGAAACCAGGUGGGUGGGCACUAAGGCGCGAGAGGUUGAUGAUUUCAAACUGUGGUAUUCAGGUUCAGCUAGGGGAAGGAAUGGAGUCGGCAUUCUGGUGGCGCCGGAGCUGCGAGAGUUUGUGGUGGAGGUGAAGAGGAUUAGUGAUCUAAAGAGGGAGUUUUGGGACGCCUUGGAUGGGGUGGUUGGUCGUUUUCCACUGACUGAGAAAGUCAUCAUUGGAGGCGACUUCAAUGGCCAUAUUGGAGAAUCAACCGAGGACUUCGAGGACGUGCACGGUGGUUUUGGCUUUGGCAGCAAGAACCUAGCGGGAGUUUCACUCUUGGAGUUUGCCAGAGCGAGUGAUAUGGUGGUUGCUAACUCUUGUUUCCCUAAGCGAGACGACCAUUUGGCUACAUUUGUUAGUGGAGUGGGGACGACACAGAUCGACUAUCUUCUUUUGCGCAGGUGUGAUCGGGUGCUCUGCAAGGAUGCUAAAGAGAGCUUCGAGUGGCAACACACAAAUCCGGUGGAGGAGACUAAGAAGAAUAUCUCUGAGUUGAUCAGGCGAGUGCAGGAGAAAGGUGCGUGGGAAUCGGCCAGAGAGGCUACUGAUUUGUGGGCGCGGACUGCUAACUGCAUCAGGGAAACAACCAGGGAAGUGUUAGGUGUGAGCUCUGGCUCUGGAAGUAGGUGUCAGGGCGAUUGGUGGUGGAGCGAUUCGGUCCGAAGUAAGGUGGAAGCUAAGAAGGUGGCGUAUUUGAGGUACAUGGGCUGCAAUGUUGAGGAGGAAAGAGCGGCGUUACGAGUAGAGUACAAGAAGGCACGUAAAGAAGCUAAGUUAGAGGUUAUGAGGGCAAAGAAUGCCGCUUUUGAACGCCUCUACAAGGAUAUUGAGGAGAAAGGCAGUGUUAGUCCACUGUUCCGGCUUGCUAAGGUGCGUGAGAGGAAGGCCCGAGAUCUAGAUCACGUGAGAUGCGUGAAGGGCAGCGAUGCAAGGAUGCCUGAUGAGUGGAGGGAGAGUCUCUUGGUCCCUCUGUUUAAAGGCAAAGGUGACAUUCAGAGCUGCGAGAAUUACAGAGGCAUCAAACUGCUUAGCCACACCAUGGAGGUUUGGGAGCGAGUCAUUGAGUAUAGGGUGCGGAAAGGGGUUUGCAUCUCUGAGAACCAGUUUAGUUUCAUGCCUGGUAGAUCGACUACAGAGGCCAUUCAUCUCGUGAGGAGGUUAAUGGAAGAGUAUAGGGCCAGGAAGAAGGACCUCCAUAUGGUGUUUAUUGACCUUGAGAAGGCGUACGAUAGGGUGCCAAGGGAGGUCUUAUGGAGGUGCCUUGAGACGAGAGGAGUUCCCAUUGUGUACACUCGCGCGAUCAAGGAUAUGUACGAUGGGGCUAUGACCAGGAUAAAGACUUUCGGGGGCGACUCUGAGUCUUUCUCAGUAAGGAUGGGGUUGCACCAGGGGUCUGCCCUUAGCCCUUUUUUGUUCGCCUUAGUGAUGGACGUCCUAACUCAAGGUGUUCAAGAAGGGGUACCAUGGUGCAUGCUUUUCGCGGAUGAUAUUGUGAUUAUCGACGACACACGUGAGGGACUAAACGAUAAGUUGGAACUAUGGCGGCUUGCCCUUGAGACUAAAGGAUUCAGAAUUAGUAGGAACAAGACUGAAUACAUGGAAUGUCGUUUCAGCGGCCGGGAAACAGAAUCAGAAGUGGAAGUUAGGAUUGACUCUCACCUAGUACCUAAGGUAGACAGGUUUCGUUAUCUUGGCUCGGUAAUCCCGGCUGAUGGGGAGUUAGAUGGGGAUGUUGGACAUUGUGUUGGAGUGGCUUGGGCCAAAUGGCGGUUAGCUUCAGGGGUGUUGUGUGAUCCGAAGAUUUCGUCCAAGAUGAAAGGUAAGUUCUAUCGAUCCGUAGUCAGACCUGCUAUGUUAUAUGGGGCAGAGUGUUGGGCAGUUAAGAAGACUCAUGUGCGUCGUCUGCAUGCGGCGGAGAUGCGGAUGUUACGAUGGAUGUGUGGGAAGAUAAGGUUGGAUAGGAUUUCGAACGAAGUUAUCCGACGUCAGGUAGGCAUGGCGCCGGUGGAAGAUAAGUUGCGGGAAGCGAGGUUGAGAUGGUUUGGUCAUGUGAGACGGCGGGAUGCUGACGCCCCUGUUGAAAAUGUGAAGCAACGUUGCUUGCCAAAUGCAUUGAAUUAUCCCAUGUUGGAGGAAUAUGACUUUAGAAAUGAUACUGUCAAUCCUGAUCUUGAUAUGGAGUUGAAACCUCAUGCACAACCACGGCCAUAUCAAGAAAAAAGUCUUAGUAAGAUGUUUGGAAAUGGUAGAGCAAGAUCUGGUAUCAUUGUGCUUCCUUGCGGUGCUGGGAAGUCUUUAGUAGGUGUCUCUGCUGCAUCCAGAAUUAAAAAAAGCUGCCUUUGUUUAGCAACUAAUGCUGUGUCUGUAGAUCAAUGGGCUUUCCAGUUCAAGUUGUGGUCAACCAUUCGAGAAGAACAAAUAUGUCGUUUCACAUCUGAUAGUAAAGAACGAUUCCGUGGUAAUGCUGGUGUUGUGGUAACGACAUAUAACAUGGUUGCUUUUGGUGGAAAACGUUCAGAAGAAUCUGAAAAGAUCAUAGAAGAAAUUAGAAACAGAGAGUGGGGUUUACUCCUUAUGGACGAGGUUCAUGUGGUUCCUGCUCACAUGUUUCGAAAAGUUAUCAGCAUUACUAAAUCCCACUGCAAACUUGGACUCACUGCAACAUUGGUCAGAGAGGACGAAAGAAUUACAGAUCUUAACUUUCUUAUUGGCCCCAAAUUGUAUGAGGCAAAUUGGUUGGACUUAGUGAAAGGAGGAUUUAUUGCAAAUGUGCAGUGUGCUGAAGUUUGGUGUCCAAUGACAAAGGAGUUCUUUGCUGAAUAUUUGAAAAGGGACAACUCUAAGAAAAAGCAGGCACUUUAUGUGAUGAAUCCAAACAAGUUCAGGGCAUGCGAGUUUCUUAUCCGCUUCCAUGAACAACAACGUGGGGAUAAGAUAAUAGUUUUUGCUGACAAUCUGUUUGCGCUCACAGAAUAUGCAAUGAAGCUUAGGAAACCUAUGAUCUACGGUGCUACAAGCCACAUAGAAAGAACAAAAAUUCUCGAAGCAUUCAAAACUAGCAAGGAAGUGAACACCAUUUUCCUGUCUAAGGUAGGUGAUAAUUCCAUAGAUAUUCCUGAAGCAAAUGUUAUUAUACAAAUUUCAUCUCAUGCUGGUUCAAGACGACAAGAAGCUCAACGUCUUGGUCGUAUUCUUAGGGCUAAGGGACGUCUUCAAGACAGGAUGGCAGGAGGUAAAGAGGAGUAUAAUGCAUUCUUUUACUCUCUUGUGUCAACAGAUACACAGGAAAUGUAUUAUUCAACGAAAAGACAGCAAUUCUUGAUUGAUCAAGGGUAUAGCUUCAAGGUGAUCACAAGCUUGCCACCUCCUGAUUCAGGACCUGAAUUGAGUUACCAUCGCCUUGAGGAUCAGCUUUCCCUUCUUGGCAAAGUACUAAGCGCGGGUGAUGAUGCUGUUGGUUUGGAGCAACUAGAAGAAGAUGCCGAUGACAUCGCCCUUCAAAAAGCCCGUCGUAUAACAGGAUCUAUGAGUGCAAUGUCUGGCGCAAGUGGAAUGGUUUAUAUGGAAUACAAUAAUGGGCAAAAGAGGCAGGUAGGGCAUGCACAGAAGAGCAAGCCCAAGGAUCCAACAAAGAGACACCAUUUGUUCAAGAAGCGCUUCGGUUGAGUGGAUCUAACAGAAAGGCAAACGUUUUCGUCAUCUUCCAUAAAUAUAUUUCCUGCUUUUUAGUUUGUUGCUAUAAAAAUUCAGGGAGAAGUUAAUCACUUCUUCAAUUAAAUUCUUUUCCUUGAGAAUCUUAAUAACAUACUCUACUCAAUUGGUAGAAGCACCUUUUGUUGUGGGAAAGUUCAAUAUACGUAGUACUUUAUAUUAAUUUCCCUUGUUUGUUACACCUGAAUGAAGUUUACUAUAGAACAUUUUACCUCGUGGUGUUAAUGAUAGGAAAAAAAUUUCGAAUCACAGCCUAAAUAUGAAAGAAAAACGUGCAUUGCACAGAGACGCACAAAAAAGCUUAUGAGGUGAGAAGAAAGGACAUCAGACUUGCCUUUAGGGUGUUGAAGGGCGAGGAGGUACCUACCUUUGAAGAAAUCAACGCAGAAAAAAAAGAUAAAAUCGCCAAGAUUAU